CUAAUUAGCUAGUUUAUGAUCAGGCCACACAACGUUAGACGUCGCAACGGUUGGAAAAGUAACGUUCCUAAGGUUACGUUCUCAACGUUGUGGGCACGUACUUGUUUUGUCCGGUACCGUUAACGCCCACUUUAGAUAUUGCUCAUUUUGCGGAGAGGCGGCUGCCCCACUCAUAGGGCUAGAAAGCAGGCAGGCAAACCGCAGGAGCGGCCAAAAUACCAUCAUCGACGUAGUGUGUGAGACAGAUGAUGUUCUCUCACUGAAAAUACCAGGCCAGGUUGAAAACUGCGCUAUCAUUGGAAGCCGUUCCCGAAAUCGGACACACCCCAACCAAAAUCGUAAGCAGAAAUGAGAUUUGAAUGUCUUGAUUGAAUACUGGAGGUACUCUCCUGUGCUCGACCUGCCGCGGAAAUAGACUGACUUCCUUGUCGCCUGUAUCCUCAUCGCUGCCGCAGACCGGCCACUCUACUCGGCUCAUUUAACACAGGCUGUCCGCGGACCACUGGCUUCGGCAUCUGGACACAUCGAAACGGGUCUGUCGUCGUUGAAGAUACGGGAACGUGCCUGUGUGCGGGUUUUUUUGCCUGUAUAAUGCCGACACAUUUACGAUUCCGGAAAAGGUCAUUCCUUGGGCUUUUAUUCCUAUUUUCGCUGUCCACCUCCGCAUUGUACUUCAUCUACUCCGCCCCCGGAAUCGUGAAUGAGUAUGUGUUCAUGGUCCAAGCCAGAGGGAUCCAGAUCAGAGAGAACGUGAAGAACAUCGGGGCUCAGGUUCUAGAGCAGGUGGUGAGAGGGGCUUACAGCAACAAUGGCACAGAUUAUGUCUAUGACUUCAACAUCAGUGAGAGUGACGGUCCUCCCCCCACAUACCUCCCAGAGGGCUUCACCUACCUCCCUUCUCAGGUUUGCCCUGAGAGGCUGUCCUCCAUGAAGGGCAGGCUAGAGGUGAAUAUGAGUGAAGUGUCUUUGGAGGAUGUGGAGAGGCUCUUGCUGCAGGGAGAGCCUCAGAUGGCCUCAGGAGGCUACUGGAAGCCCAAAGACUGUGUACCUCGCUGGAAGGUGGCCAUCCUAGUCCCAUUCAGGAACCGACAUGAACACUUACCCAUUCUUCUGCGACACCUGGUGCCAGUGCUGAAAAAACAGAGACUCCAGUUUGCCUUUUAUUUCAUAGAACAGGAGGGCACAGAGCCAUUUAACCGAGCCAUGUUGUUCAACGUGGGCUACAAAGAGGCCAUGAAGGACCUGGACUGGGACUGUCUUGUCUUCCACGAUGUGGACCACCUCAUGGAGAAUGACAGAAACUACUAUGGGUGCACAGACAUGCCCCGACACUUUGCUGUCAAACUUGACAAGUACUCCUACAUGCUUCCGUAUAAUGAAUUCUAUGGUGGUGUCAGUGGCCUGACGGUGGAGCAGUUCAAAAAGAUUAAUGGAUUUCCUAAUGCAUUCUGGGGCUGGGGAGGAGAGGACGAUGACCUCUGGAACAGGGUGCGGUUUGCCAACUACUCAGUAAGUAGACCGCAUGGAGACCAGGGACGCUAUAAGUCAAUUCCACAUCACCAUCGUGGAGAAGUCCAGUUUCUAGGAAGAUAUAGUUUACUUCGCCACUCAAAGGAGAGACAGAAAGUGGAUGGUCUUAACAACUUAAACUACUCCCCCAUAGUGUCCAGGAGGCCUCUCUUCACCAACAUCACGGUCAGCUUGAGCAGAAAGCUUGCACCCAUAGCUGACUACUGAUCUAGGAUCAGCUGGACUGCAAAACACCUGGGAAUCAAAGUCCUCCGGGACAUCAGCCAUAUCUCACCAGUUGCAGCACUGCUUAGGACUUUUAAGUUGAUUGAUUCUUUGCUUUAUUUCUUUGUUUGUAUGCAAAAAAAAAAGGAGACUCAAAUAAGUAUGUUGGAUAAAUUAUAUACAGAAUUAAGGAUAAAUGCUGCACUUGCUUGUGCCACAGUCCAUCACUCCUCUCAUCUCGGCUUAUCUAGUCUUCAGUCUCCACAUGCCUUUUGCACCAUUUUGGCCUUCAGCAUCCAUUCAUUCAUUCAUAUCUUUUUCAGUCAACUAUGAGCUCAGCCCUACAUUAUUGUGCUUGUUUAUCAUAAUAGGCCAUGAUACACACACACAUACUCACGCAACACUUAAACGUGCUGACUGGUCCCUGAGGCUUUUCUUUUUUCUUUGCUCUUGCACUACUUAUUUUCAGAAAUAAAGUAAGCCUGUGAAAGCAUUUGCAUGCACACACGACCACACAUCAACUUUCAAUCCGAGUGGACUCCUGCAGCUGGUACUGCAGAAGGUUUGCCAAAUCUGAAAAGAAACUUAUAUUAAGCGUAAGUGUUUUCAGUCAUGUAAACUGUAUGUGAAAUAGUUUAACCUAACUUUCAAGAAUAUGAAUACCUUUAUCAUCUCUCAUGAAUUUAAUUUUGUCCUGUGAACGUACCAUUUGAAGACUGUGACGUUAGUGUUUGCAUAGUUGCAUUGGAUGUUCUGGCUGCCUGCAAGUGGCUGUAUGUUCAGCCUGUUAGCAAUAAGCUGUAAUAUCAGACAGCAGAAUUUACACCUGACUUCCUCCUGAUACAGAUGCAAUAGCACGGAUGCUAGCAUGCCCUUAUUGGACGAUAGAAAAGGAGUGGCUGUGUAUGCAGACUUCACAUUCACAACAUCUUUGCCUAAGCAAACAUGCCACCCUUGUCAGUGUGCUUGUUUGUACGUGUUUAUAGGGUAGGGAGAGCUAUGCAAAUGGCCUGUAUGUUUCCUAUUGUCAGUGUAAGGUCUUCAGGGUGACCUCCAGGAGGCUUCACCCCUGAAACUGUGACUGACUGACAUUAGACCUCACUUUGUGUGCUAAGUGCUAGUCCAAGCCAGGGAGAGAUAAACAGUUGUUAUUUUUAGAUCCCACAUCCUUGAUGUUGACUCACCUUCUUUCUUUUACAAAAGAGAAUUGGAGGUAGAGAAUACUUGAUUGCUGUCACUGUCACUUGUGUUUACAGAGGCUUUCGCUUUUGUUAUUUUUCAGAUUGUCUAGUGUUUGUUAUACUGUUAGCCAGCCCUCCUUCACUUUGGGUGCUGUGAGAACUGUAUCUCUUCAACAACUAAUCUAUGGCUGCCUUUAUUUUUUUAACUAAUACUUCAAUUCACUUUUCUAGACGUGGCUAUAGAAGAGCAGAUCUGCUUAUGUUGGACGUCACGUGAUAAACCACUCAUUAGCUUUGUUUGCUUUGAGUCAGGCUCUGGCCAGUGUGAUUGUAAGUAAAUCAAACUUCAGGAUGUUGGUUUUAAGUCAAGUUUUCCAGUUGGUAGCAUGCAGCCUAACACUGUGCAUUGAGACAGACUUACAGCACUCUGGCAGUACAUAGCAGUUGCUAAAAUGUUGCUUCUCUAAUUUGUUAGUUUGACAGUGUUGAUUUUGAGUAAAAUAUCCCAAUACUGUAAACGUAGUUCCUUUUAAAAUAAACAAAGAAAAAAAAAAACAUGCAGACACUCUACUCACUGUCUGUCCUCUGGUCAUGCAGCUACUUCAUUUCACACAAAUCGCCUUGUAUGCAUUUCUUAAGAUGUAUCUUUUGGGGAAAAUGUGGUUAAUUGACAAACUGUGUUUCCACAAUGAAAUAAGAAGUAAAGAGGCUGGACCUCAUUUUAUUUAUUUGAUCUUUUAUGGAUUAUUUUCUGUAAUUGUUUUUUUUUUUUUUCUUGCGGUUGAUGUGAUGAUUUAGUAGGUGACAAAAGACAGACUGUGUUAGAUGCACUGAAACUUGCAGUUAUGUGUAUUUAUGUGGGAUUGUGAGGCACAGGUCUGUGUAAAAGGGGAGAUGUUCCAUUUCAUUUAGAUGCAGAUUUACUCUCCAGAAAUGAAUAGCUGGUGAGAUAGAACAGGACCUGUGGCCUGGUGUGUAUUAAUCUGCUAGACAGACAGGUUUGAAGAGGCCAUUUUGUGUGACAACCACAGGAAGAGCAAGACACCUAAUCAGAAAAUGCUAUUAGUCGUUGCCUUUCACUGGGCACCUCCUUUUAUAUUUAUUGAUAAUCAAUGGUGCUGACCGACCAGAGCUCCUUUUGUGGGAGUCUCUCUCUAUGUGAUUACUGAAACCAAUCUUAACAUCAUAAAGACUAAUAUCGCCAGGAAAAAUCACCCCUUAAUCCUGCCUAUAGGUGGCGUAAAUAUUCAGUAUCUUUACACCCACACGUUCUGCCUGCCUCUGUUCUCAUCCUGCCAGGUGAAACAAAAUGGUGUUUUUGUUGCACUGGUUAAUCGCCCAAAAGAGACGUACGUGUUUACCUCCGAGCCAAUCACUCGGGAUGUGCCCAGUGGAAGUCAUGAACAGUAGCAGCGUUUGUGUUAAGUUUGACUUUUCCACGUGUGUUUGAUUGAAAUGGCUAAACCUUUCAGAGGUCUAACUGUCAUCCAUCUAAAUGUUCAGAUGUAUUGUUUUUUAUUUUGUUUUUCAGCACUGAUAUGAAAAUGAUUUAUAGUGACCCGGUUGUGAACAACUCGCAGGUUCCUUUUUUUUUUAAAGUUCUUGACACAAACAUGAUACACUGUAUAUUAUAUUAUAUUAUGUCUUUGCUUUAAAUUAAAAGCUAGAUGGAGAUAUAGCAAAAGCCAAAUUUAGUUUGAGUGUUCAGGUGAAGAUUCAGACCUCUAAAUAUCAAGAGCACCUCUGGAUGACUCAGAUAUUCUUAGAGUCAAGGCUCUUUACUCCACAAUGCAGAAUGAGUAGCUUCAUCAGCCAACACCAUAAUCAACAAGAUGGGUUUUCUGACUUCUAAACAUCUUUGUCCAUUAUGAAGUAACACGGGCAAAUCAGUCGGCGCUCUCUUGCUUUUUAUUUAAAAAAAAAAAGAAAAUAAUGGUUUUCAGGUUGUGAUAAGAGCAUGCUGGCUUACCUUGUCCCUGUUAUAUAUAUAUAUAUAUAUAUAUAUAUAUAU